AUGAUCUUUGACCAGUCUAGUCGAAGAGCCCUAGCAAUUCUGCCGAAAUAUGCUGCCAAUGAUAUACUGCGGAUUCGAUCGGCACUGAACUGUGCUUUUGCGUACUGGAAACUGGAAUUUGGUUUUGACAGCUAUAACUGUGCUGAAUGUUUUCAGUUUGAUGAGAACUUAGUAGUUAGUUGCUUGAAGAAUUUGGAAGAAAACGCCUGUUUCAGACAUGGCCAUGGAAACUCUUCAUGGCAUCUUGUGAAUCCAGGGCUAGCAAAAAUCUUGCUGCACGCAGCGAUCACUGGUGGACUGGUCGAAUUUCAAAUGACAAGCGGGACUUUGAAUUGUAGUGCUGAUCUAUCAUCAUCUUUUAUAGCUGAUAUGUUUGAAAGUGUUUUCGAUCGAUAUAUUUGA